AUGAUGAUGAUAUCUCCCAUUAUCUUCAUCGUUUCUCUCCUGCUUUCCUCCUCCUGCCAUGCUGCAGUGCAGGACUUCUGUGUAGCUGACCUCACAACUCCUGAAAGCCCAAUAGGCUACGCUUGCAAGAAGCCAGAAACGUUGACGGUGAAUGAUUUUGUUUACUCCGGCCUAGGCGUUGCCGGAAACACCUCAAAUCUUCUUAAAGCUGCAGUGACCUCAGCAUUUGUCACAGAGUUUCCUGCCCUGAACGGGCUUGGAAUCUCUUUGGCUCGGCUGGACUUGGCGGUUGGUGGAGUUGUGCCAAUCCACACACACCCUGGAGUUACAGAAGUUGUACAUGUUGUGAGUGGGAAAAUCACCGCUGGGUUUAUUUCCGGAGCUAAUAAAGUUUACUAUAAAACUCUGAACAAGGGUGACAUAAUCGUUUUUCCUCAAGGAUUACUACACUUCAUAGUGAAUGCCCAAAAAACUCCAGCUGAAGCAUAUUUUAGCUUCAAUAGUCCAAGCCCAGGAAGCCAGCUUGUGGACUUCGCUUUGUUUGGAAAUGAUUUUCCCACUGAAUUGGUAGCAGCAACUACUUUCCUUGACACUGCUCAGAUUAAGAAGCUUAAAGGCGCUCUUGGGGGCACUGGUUAA